UCGAGUUUGUAUAUUAACUGUAGUCAUUAUGGAUUGACACAUUUUUACAACACAUAUGUUUUUAUUUAAUAAUUUUGUUGAAUGUUGUCAUUAAUGCAGAAACAUUUGGAACACAUUCACAGCAGGAAUCAGGGAAAGCAUGUAGUCGGCCAGCACUUUACGGAAACAGUCAGCGACGCAUUGCCAGUAUGGUCUGCUCAAUCGUAAAAAUUAUCUUGCCGAAGACCUGUGAAGUGUAGCCUACUGUAUCUAACUAAGACACGGUUCAUGAUUCUUAUUAUUUUUCAAGCAUGGGCGAUGGCAGCGUCAUACCCAAAAUUGGUCAUAUGAAAGCGCUGCUAGGAAUUAUGGCUGGAGCAGGAGCCUCGUACGGGAUCUAUAAACUUAUCAGUGGAGGAAGCUUCAACAAGACGAGAAACAAAAAAAGUGCCUCCAGUGAAAGUCGUGGCCUGAAGAGUACCGAAACAGGUGACAUCGUCCUCCACCCUGGAAGCCUUUUAGCCAAGGUUUCAGGAUUGGAGGUUGUUCGUGCACACAGAGCUAACGCUAAAUGUCGGACGGUGGACCAGGCAUCAACCGAAUCUACAGGCGACAUUGUGUCCAAGUCCUCUGGAAGCUUGGAACCUCAACACCUGGAGAUGCUACUGUCUCUCCUUCAGAACAACCACCCCUCUGACAGAGCUGAGAUCCUCCUCACCUUGGGAAACACUGCUGCCUUCACCGUCAACCAGGAUCUGAUGCGAGAGUUAGGGGGCCUUCAUGUCAUUGCUGGCUUCCUGUCUGACCCUGUGCCAGAGGUCAGAGUUCAGACUCUAAAUGCCUUGAACAACCUGAGCAUGAAUAUCAGGAACCAGGAGCUAAUCAAGGUGUACGUGCCCCAAGUUCUGGAGCUGAUCGAAAUGUCCCCGGUGAACUCUGACCUCCAGCUCGCUGCCCUCAGGUUGCUGACUAACCUGUCCGUCACUGACGAGCACCAGCACCUGCUCUGCGGCUCUGUCUCCCUCCUCCUCUCUUUGUUAGUCGUCAGCAAUGAAGUGUUACAGAUCCAAGUUUUAAAAGUACUUGUGAAUGUGUCCUCAAAUCCUGACAUGAUGGAUGACAUUGUUCAAGCCCAGGCGCCUGCCUCGGUUGUGCUGCUGUUUGACGGGCGAACCAGUCCAGCUGUCCUCCUGAGGCUGCUGACCUUCGCUGGGAACCUGAAGGCCUGGAGACCCUCGGCACUGGUGGCGGAAGACCUGAGGAGGAGGCAGGACUGCCUGUACCGGGUCCUGCUAGACCAGUCCUCUCAGCUCCACAGCAGGCUGGUCCAGCUGCUCUCUCACCCUGAAGGGGAGGUCCGGGCCCAGGUGGCACGCAUCCUCACAUAACUCCCUCCUCCAGGCUCCUUCAAGGUGUUCUCAGCUCCCAACUCUCAUUCACAACAGCCUUGCCCCAAACCCUUCAUCUCCAACUUCCAGUCCUCACAGACCUGCCCCGCCCCAAUCACCUAGACCUUCCAUCAAACAGUAGAAGUAUCUCUGCUUCUCCCAGAGAAAUGGUAAUGAUCAUCCAGGAGGAUGAUCAUUGGAGGAAGUGCACAGACCCAAAGAGGUACAGAGACCAAAACCACCUCUCCCUCCUUCCUCACUCGCUCCCUCCUUCCUCGCUCGCUCCCUUCCUCAUUCCCUCACUCCCUCCUUCCUCGCUCGAUCCCUCCCUCCCUCACUCCUUCUUCACUCCCUCCUCCCAACCUACCCCAUCUCUCAGGAGUGCUCAGCCUCUGUUGAGAGACACAGCACUCAUGCAAACAGCACAUUUCCACUCAGUGUCCUUCAACCUCUUGAAAACUUGAUGUCUGCCUAUUCAGUGAGAAUAGUAUGAUUCCAAAGCCACUGCCAACACAUGUCAGGACCUCCAACCCCUGAACUGGCCACCUAUCUCUCUGGUGAGAGCUGUGUUCAGCUGAUGUUGUAGCUGUUGGAGGGUGCCUGAUUCACACACGUGCAUGUCUGGAUGACAGCAAGACAGACUAGGACAAGGCACAGCUCCAAUACUAGAAAACUGGAAAGUGUAAUUGAUUUAGACAUGGAAUGUUCUGUAUGUCCAACUUAAAUUGGGGUCCUUUUUUGAUAGCAUGAUUAAUGGUGGUGAGGAACUAGCUGUACUUGUGUGCCAGACUUCAGGCAGGCUAGCUGCCAUCGUCCAGAGGCCUAACUGGGGUGUGAGCUACAGAUUCAGGCAGCACAAGACCUGUGGAGCCACCCACCAGAUGGAUCACUUCCAGAAGCUUCCAUCUCUUGGACACCUCUGCGGACACAGAUGCUGCACAGUUUUGACAUACAUACCCAAAUGCAGCGGUUCUCUCAGGCGUGUGGGAGCAGAGAUGGCAGAAAGGCUGAUGUGUAUUUUUCUCUGACUAAAAUAAAAGCAUCCCUCUUGUACAGCUUGUAUACCCACUACUGUUGUAGAUAUAUUUAUUUUGAUGGAACUAUGUGAGUGUUGCCCUAUGGAUUCACAUAUGGGGAUUGUACGUUAAAUGUGUGCUUUGUAUGUUUGAAUGAAUAAAUCUGUUUUAUUUGAA